AUGAACUGGAUGAGGGGGAACAUCGCGCAGUACACGGAGCUGGUAGCCCCAUUGACGAAGUUGUUGGAUAUUGCUGUCAAGGCGGCCGACUCCCGGAAGAAGACGGCGUUGACGCGUGUUGCGCAGAGCUCGGUCGGGUGGUCCGGGGACCACCUGGAGUGUUUCGACCGGAUGAAGGGGGCGUUGAAACGUAUGGUUUUGUUGACGAACCCGGACCCGGACAAGAUGGGUUUCGACUGUUUACGGACCACCGGAACCCGGGUCGAACUCGAACAUGGCCAAGUACCAGGCCCACAAGCUCCAGCGUUAGGCGCUGACGAUGACGACGUUCCCGAAGGCCUCCCGGACAGAAGCUUUCCGGUGGAGUCCCGGAGUGCCUGGAUGUCCAGGCGGGCCCUGGUGUCCCCGUUACGAACCGAGAAAUUUGUGUGGCCGACAGCGAAUGUGAUCACGGAAAUGCAGCGUGGCCAUCCGACAUGUGCAAAAUACGCCUCCUGGAGCGCCGAGAAGUGUUUUCGGACGGCAGCUGGAAAGAUCUGGGUCCCGGGAUAUACAUCGGAUAUCCAAGUGCCGUCUGCAGCAGAUACGGCCGCGGCGUUGAUGGAAUGGUUUGGCCUGUCCGGGGUGAUCAGGGCAUGGCGAGAUGCGCUUGCAACCCGGAGACUGGCCGGGGGUGUUACCCCUGGUACAGUCUGCCCUAAACCAGCAACUGGCCAGCCGUUUGGACGGCGCCAACGACGGCGUUUACUGGCCUGCCUGCUACACCCCUCCUGGCCUGCCUGCUACACCCCUCCUGGCCUGCCUGCUACACCCCUCCUGACCGGUCUGGUCCACCCGGAUGAGCUCCGGGAGCAGCUGGUACCUCCGGGAGCGACGUCCCUGCAUCAUGCGUACCGGCUCUGCCUGUACUGUGAAGGCGGAGGUGAAGUCAAUGAAGAUUUGAAGGCCCAAAUUGCGUUCGGCGAUGAAGGUUUUUACGUGGAAGCCCUCCAGGACCUGCGUCUGCGAGACGGGGUCUGGGAAGCCCUGAUCACGUCCUGGGAACCGACCCAAUUGAUCUACGAAGACGUUCCAGUGCUAUUCCGUCUCUGGACAAAGGCCCGGAGCAACGAAGAUGGCGUGAGCGAAAUGAUUGACGAUCUCACGGGUGAUGUGGCCACCCGUUCCGAAGAUUAG